UUAUUACUCUGAAGUUUGUCUCAUUUUUGUGUCAUUAUGAUGGUAUGGUUGUUUUUAUCCAUUUGUUUCCAUCAAUACCUCGAUUGGUGGGCUGUUUCUUUGGUUUUGAGCUUUGCAUUACAUCUAAAUUUUUUUUUUCAUUGCUGGGGUUCUCAUAACACUGAAGUUUGUUUCAUUUUUUGUGUCUUUAUGAUUGUUGUGGUUGUUUGGAUCUAUUUGUGGCCAUCAAUAUCUCAACUGAUGGGCUGUUUCUUUGGUUUUGAGCUUGUAAACAACUUUUUGUCAUUGUAAGAGUCUUAUUACACUGAAGUUUGUUUUUGUUUUGUGUCAAUAUGAUGCUUUUGGUUGUUUAUAUCCAUUUGUGUCCAUCCAUAUCUCUUCUCCUGGGGUCACUUUGCACCCUCAGUGAUAAUUCAGCAUCUCUCUCUUGUGUGUCUUGGUGGAAGACAGGUAAAAAUGUCUGAAAAUCCACCCCCCUGUCUGCCUCACAACGACCCUGUAGAGAUUUAAUUAAAGCAGCUCUUAGAAUUCAGACUGAGAUUGGUGUUUAUUUGCUGUUAAAACGCUGUAAUGGACUUGCACUGAGGCUUUGCUUUGAGCCCAGCGGUGCCCUGAGGCGAUUAUUCUGUCGCUGUCCGUGGUGCUGAAAGUAAACAGGAUUGCCAGCGGCCACAGAUGCCACACAAGUCACCACCGUAGGAUUUGGACUCCUUUUUGGACUAAAACGCCUUCUGAAGCGCAGUGGGGACUUCAGAUGUUAAACUUCUCACUAAAGGUGACUCACUCACAUGACGAAGCCGACUCAGUACCUCACAAAUUACACCCAGCGGGGGGACAGAGAGAGAAAGAGAGAGAGAGAGACUGGACUCAGUGCCUCCAGAAGCCUCUCUUGUGCGCAGGCGCAAAUGUCAGCGUGUUUUCAGAAUAGUUUCCUCUCUGCAACAAAUUCCCACGCAUGCGACGCGGAGACUUUGCCGGAUGAUUUUUUCUCUUUCAACUUGACAUCUUGUUUUUAGACUCGUCUCCUCCAGCUUCACUCGCAGACUAAACUGUUGUCUCACUUUGCUGCCUUUUGUGUCUGACGAGGUGUGAAUCCCGGAGGAACUGGCACACUCCUCCUCCUCCUCCUCCUCCUCCUCCUCCACCUCGUCGUGGUGCCGCAGCAGCAGCAGCAGCAGCCAGCGCGGUGAGUGCGUCCUGCAGCAGCAACAGCAGCACUAAAAGGCACCUGUCGUUUAUUCAGAUCCAUUUUUUGACCGUUAUAUGAGUACAUUAAGGUAAUCCUUGAGGCAGACUCGGCGGGGAUCCAUGAAUACCGAUGGCUUUAUGUCUAGAUAUUCGCUCCUCUGAAGAUUACGCAUCGGUAAGUUCCUUCGACUUGUUUUCCUCAGCGAGUGCUGCGCGCUUUCCCUCUCUGCGGUUCAUCACUUAAAGAGGGUUUUCACUGAAGCCUUCAGGCUAGACGUCGGGAAAGAAAACAGACAUCUUCCUAAUGGAGAUCAGGCAACACUGAGCUGGAUUUUUCAUCCAAGUGUCUAGUCAGUGUUUGGCGUAAAGGCGCUUUUCUUUGCUGAUGUUUUCCAUGUGCAAAGCGAAGGUCACCCACAUGUAUUGAUGGAUUAAACGUGAACGAAUGCGGGAAUCUGAAGGGGGAAGAAGCAGCUGGGUGAAAUUAGUCUAUUGAUUUUGCACUAGCGAGUGAAAAUGACUUGUGUUUGAGUGAUUGGUAACGAGACAGGUUUGCGUUUUUCUCCGUCUGAGCCAGGGUUUCAUAAUAAGAGAAGACACGACAGAUUGACUCCAGUGGAUGUAGUCUAUAUGACCUGUGUAUGACACAGUGAAGCAGCACAGGACUAAUGAGUUUGAAGUCUUGCACACUGACAGACAUGCAAACCCCCCUCCUUAAUUCUUCCAAGCAUCAACAGACUCGCAUUUGGGUUAAAACGAGCUCUCUGCAUGUCUCACUGGGAUCAUUUAAAGCUGAAAUUGAAUAAUUAAUGCAGCACAAUGUUCAGAGGAAUUCAGCACACGUGAGGAGGAAGCUGAUAUGUUGAGACAGAUCUUUAAAAUUCCCUUUUUAAAAUGGAGAUAAAUCAUGAAUGAGGAGGCUGCAUGAGCCUUUCCCUCUGCAUCUGUAGACAGCUCAUGUGCACACUCUUACAUGCUUGCAGGUGAUUGACAACCUAAUGAUGCAUAUUUCGAUCUAUAAUCAAUGUGGUUCCCCAGAUCCUCCUGUUGUCAGUUUUGGUCACGUUGAUUCAGCUUUUUCAUGGUCGCAAAUCUCCAUGAAAACUGUUUUUUUAAUGUUUCAUGUACAACUCAUUUUAUUCUCAGCACAUUUAGUGGUUCACUUUUACUCACAGGGGCCAAAUACCAUUUAACCUCCCCCUAAAAUUCCAUUAAAGCCUCACAUAUUUCAAAGAUGUUUCCACUGCUGAGUGAAGCAAACAUCCUCCUCCUCUCUGACCCUCAGGAUAGUUCAACGUUAAGCCCCGCUGUUGCUUCCCUCGCAUUAAAUUUGUGCCAAAAUACCGUGUACUUGUAUAGAUUUUAUGGAUUAAUAUGGUAGCAGUGACAUGAUGGGCUCUAACAGAUCUAAUUGAUCCAUUUUCUUGUUUCUUCCUCCUCGUCUUGAGUCUGCGUCUUGUUUUUUUUUAGGUUCAUUUGUAUCAAGGCAGUUUGAUUCAGCUCUUCUUGACACAUGUUAUCCCUUCCUCUUUGUCUCAGGGUUUUUUUUUUCUUCUUUUUCCUCCGAGCACGGUCUGUCCUGUUACUUGAUAAAGCAUCCGAGAGAGAGAUGCUUUAGAGGUAAUUGGAUUCGGUACUAGAGGGGAAGGGACACAGAGCGGAAUUUGUGUGUGUAUGUGUGUGAAUUAGCUCCGGCAGAAGAUGUGUGUGUGUGUGUCUUUGCUGUGAUUGCACGCGUGUGUUAUGGGUCUCGGCUGGUGCAGGCAGGCCAGCGUGUUUUGCGUUUGCGGUGAAUCACUGUGUUUUCAGGAAGCUGUGUGGAUGAGUAAGACAAAAAAAGGGAGGGGAGUCUGGGGGGUUGUUUUAAAAUCCGAGCAUGCAGCACAUGAAUUUUUAUUGUCCUCAAGGAUAUUUAUGAGAUCUGUCCAAACUUUUUUAUCCUCUGAUGAUCAACUCGUCCUUCAUAAAUCACUGCUUUUAUCUCCGGCUCCUGUUUAAAUUUAUUGGUGAGGCGAUGACAUAUUUUUAGUGGUUGUAUAUAACAUCAGUGGAGAAAAACAAACGUUGCUUCUGUGAUUUGAUAGAGGAGGUUUUUCAUUUUUAAGCGUCUGUUGAGAUUAGCUAUAAAGUGAUUCAUACCGACUGAGGAGGUGUGUGACUGAUAACGUUCGCAAUCAGGCUCAGAGUUAAUGUAUGACACACAGAGAGACAUAUGAGGACAACAAGUAACACGUUUUUUUAUCAGCUUUAGCAAAAUUGAAUCCUAAAUCAAUCAUGAUGGAGCUGUUUUCAAGCUUUAAUUGUCACACAAACUUAAUUUUAAGCCUCAUUAAAGAUACGAUUAGGAGUUUUUGACAUUUAUGAAAUAGACCGGCUUUAUUUGGAUGUCUUAUUUAAAAGCAAACAAGACCAUCAGCAACAAGCUUGGCCAUCAUUUUCAGUACCUGGAACUGGUGUGAGGGGGUUGGUGUCAGUCAAGCAGCUAAAAAAAUACUGUUUUUACGGUUUCUACAUAAAAUGUUCACAAUAAUUUGACUGUCAAAUGUUUUUAAAAAGAGACACAACUUCAGUAUGUUGAGAAUAAGGUUAGUAAAUACUGUUUGGUCCACAUGAGGCGCUAAAGUCGACACAAACACGGUUCCUCACAGGCGCUUCAAAGAGAACCUUAGUGUCCUUAGUUGAGGAGUUAAUAUACCUUUGUAAGUAUAAUUUUUAAAAUUAUAUUCAUGUAUUUAUUCAUCAGACAAUAUAUCGAUCUUUUAACACUUUUUUAGCAGCGUUAGCAAAAUUGAAUCCUAAAUCAAUCACGAUGGAGCUGUUUUCAGGCUUUAAUUGUCACACAAACUUAAUUUUAAGCCUCAUUAAAGAUACGAUUAGGAGUUUUUGACAUUUAUGAAAUAGACCGACUUUAUUUGGAUGCCCUUUUGUCUUAUUUAGAAGCAAACAAGACCAUCAGCGACAAGCUUGGCCGUCACUUUCAGUACCUGGAACUGGCAUAUGGGGGUUGGUGUCAGUCGAGCAGCUAAAAAAAAUCCUUUUUCUACAAUUUCUACAUAAAAUAUUCACAAUAAUUUGACUUAGACAAAGACACUACUUCAGUAUAUCAAGAACAAGAUAAGUAAAUACUGUUUGGUCCACAUGAGGCGCUAAAGUCCACACAAACAUGGUUCCCCACAGGAGCUUUAAAGAUAACCUAAGUGUCUUUAGUUGAGGAAUUAAUAUACCUUUGUUAUUAUAAUCAUCAUAGAAUCAUAUUAAUGUAUUUAUUCAUCAGAAAAUAUAUCUAUCUUUUCACAGACACAAGCUGUUACACACAAAAUAUUCUGCAUGAAUGUUAUCCGAUCACAGAGAUUAAAGUUCCAGUGAGGAACUUUUGGUUUGUGUCACCUUUGGCGCCCCCUGUGGACAAAGCAAUGUUUUCUAAUCCUGUCCUUUACACACAUAAGUAGCGUUUUAUCACAAAAAAUUCUCCUCCUGCUGAUUUUUCCUUGUCAGUUGUACCAUUUAUUGUGAAUAUCUUGUGCAGAAAUGGUGAAAACAGGCUUUUUGAGCAGCUCGACUAAUACCUACCCCCUUACGCCACUUUAAGGUGGUAAUAUACAAAUAGUCAUUUUUGACAUUUAUAUAACAAAAAAGUGGAUUCAAUUGGAUUUCAGUCUAUUUCAGAAAUGUAAAAAAAACUCCUCAUAAAAGCUUUAAAAUGCUGCUUCAAGGAGAAACAGAUUUUAAGGUUAAGAAACUUUAAUAUCUUCAUUUUGCUCUUCAGAAAUUUAAAUCCUGGCUCAAUUUUGGAUGAACUCGGCAGCUACAGAACCACUUUUUUCUUUCAGCAGACUGAACGUUUUGAAUCUGUAGCUGCUGAAAUGAUUCAUGUCUUUGUCAGGCUUCUUUUCCAUGGCAACAGAAGCUGAGGCUCAUUAGUAUGAAGGUAUUUUUUGAGCUGCCAACCUGUCAGAAUGACGGAGAAAUCAAACACAGAGCUGAACAUCAUUAACCAGCAGGAUCCCCUUGGUUAUCUUGGUUGGGCUGUGAAUAAAAUACAUUCAUUUUUCAUCAUGAUGUUGAUCAUUUGUUUUCUGGGAAUAUUGUUGUCUCCUGGUGGCGGUUUUUGGGAGGGGAGUGAACACAAACAGAAAUGUUGGAGGGCAGCUGAUUUAAAACUGAAGGGGGCGCAUUAACCCGCAAAUAGGACUAACAGAUCAGUCAUUUUUAUCACACUACAUUAGAUUUGCUGCAUACAAAUCCCUGCAUGAGAUGAUUUUAUGUUGUAUUUUAGCCACAGCUGCAAGAUGACUUUAAUGUUUUAUGUUUUAGAGACGAGACAAUAAAGUUGGGGAAAAAAAACAAACUAAAAAAUUGUCUAUUUUAUUGAAUACCUACUAUAGUUGUGGAAAAGUUCACACACUAAGAGAACAAAUGAAGAGACUGCAGCAGCAGCGGCCUAACUCGGUGAAGAUGCUCCUCGGUUGUGUUCCUGUUGUUUCCUCCUCUCUGACAGAGCUGUUUCCCUCUGUGUGUUGUAUUUCAGAGCCCUUCAUGCUGAAGUGCGCUGACGCCGAGGGGAGCAAUUUCAGUGCAUCCCUCUGAACACACACACAUACAGUACAGUGGAGUCUUUGGAUCCCCGCUCUUCAUUGGAGACAAUGAGAGGCUACCUGCUGACUGCAAUCUUUCUGUUGCCCUUGGUGAGUAGUUCCUGUGUGUGCAUAUGUUCACAUGUGUGUUAGGGGUGUAGCAGCAUAUAGGAAUGUCUAACCAUCCGCACUUGAAGGAUUAGUGUGUGCGAGUUUUACAUCGUGAGCCCUUCUGUUUAUGAGCUCUGGUUUAGUCUCAUCCAAGCGUCUCUGGAGGGUCCAUAAGUGAUGUCUGCAGGAAGGGGAGAAAUCACCUCUUGCCGCAUCAGCGUUAUAGGUCCUGAAUCAGCUGUGCGUUAGGGCGCCCGUUAGAACCAUAACAGAUGGCCCAACUGACCAGAAAGCUGCCCAUCCAUCUGCUGUGAUUCACUUUUAUUAUUAGUGGUCUCAUUGAAAUAAAAAUCAGAAUGGAUGAGAUGUGCAAGAUGUGUGGGAGGAAUUAUAUUCGGCACAGCAGCAGUUUCCUUGGUGCAGCGCAGAAGCAUAAAUUGUUUUUGGUUUAUGUGAAAUAAAGUGUCAUUAUGUGACUCUGACGCCAUAGGUAGCAUCCUUUAUCCAUGUUUUUUACGAUAAUGGCCUUUCCUUUGAUAAUUGCCAGCACAAAGAAAUGAAAUAUUGACGGUUUUAUAAUGGUUACCAAGGAGACUAAAAUAUCUUCACCAACCUUUUCAUAACCUCCCUCUUACAUGUAUGAAGUGUUCCUCCAGUCUCUGUGCACAGUCCCAAACUGACCAUCAUUGGGAAGACAGGUUUGUCAUGAUGCACUUAUUGUGCAUCAAAUGGGUUUGUAAAGCGGGCCAGCGGUCUGCGACGUCAAAUGAGACUUUUAUUAUCUGUGCUGCACAGCUCGGUGGGAGCUAGUGAGUUAUCCGGUCCUCAAAAAUAGCCUUGGGGAAAGAAACGUGGCUCUGCAACUUCAAAAUGGACGGCUUAUCUGGACAGACAUCUGUCCAAGGGUGAGGAGAGGAGAGGGAUGCAGAGGGAUGAUUGGGAAAAGAGAAUAAGAGGCAUACUUUAUUGAUCUGUCUCUGCAAUGUUGUCAUUGUGCCUGUUUUAGAUUAGAGCUUGUUUAAACCCUCAAUUGUCCUCCGCUAACCUGGUCUGGGUUGCACCAAUUGACCACUGAGACAUACUUAUUUUACCAGCUUAUGUGUAAUUUUUUGGAAACUCAACUUAGUAUUUAAACAUUUAAAUCUGUAGGCAUUAUUGGAGAAUUGGAAAAUUAUAAAUGUCUUAGAUACAUAAUUAGGAAAUAGGAGCUAAAGCCUGGAGGUGGUCAGCCUAGCAUAAAAACAAGACAAUACAAAGGUAAAGAAAUCGACCUACAAGUAAAUCUAAAGCUGACUGGUUAAAGUAUUAUGUCUCUGUGCACACUAAAAAUGAAGUAAAUGACUUUAUUUAUCUUGCAGCUCUGUCCCCUUUCUGGUGAAAUGUUUGGCAGUAUAUGGAAAUUUUGGUAACACUUUACAAUAACCAUAACUUAUAAAUGGUAAAUAGACCAUUUGUAAAUGGUAAGCAGAUAGUUUAUUAAUGUUUAAUCAUCAUUUAUAAACAGCAUAUAAACCAUUAAUAAAUUGUAAAUUUUACCAUUUUAAAAAACCUAACCCUAACUUAACAAUAACCAUCUAAGUAAUGUUUAUGGGUGGUUUAAAAACCAAAUAUUAACCAUUUAUAAAGUGCUACUGACACACAUUUUAAUCUAGAUGCUUUACAAUCAAUAUUUAAACCCUAUAUAAACCUUCAAUAAAUAGUCCAUGCAGAUUAUUAAUCAUAGUUUCAUUACUUGUUAAUGGUAAAGUAACUAUUAACUUACAUUAAUAAACUAUCUAUUUGCCAUUUAUAAUUGGUCUAUAUGCUGUUUUUAAAUGAUGAUUAAACAUUAAUAAACUAUCUGUUUACCAUUCAUAAAUUAUGAUUAUUGUAAAGUGCUCCAGAAAUUUCAAGAGUUUGCCUGUUUAAUACACUGAAUAUCGUAAUGUAAAGACCAGCCUAACAAAGGACUAGAACUGGUCCAGUAUGAAUGAGAUCAGCAGAAAAGUGUCUGAAAAAUGAGACAUGUUGGUUGAUGGGUCUGGCGUCACCAGGCUAACUUUAAAUGUAGUUUUAAAAAAGGACACGAACUUGGACACAGCUCUGAUAACCAGUUAUUUUAGUUUUAGCUUUCUGAUACUGCGCUUGUUUUUUUGGUCUGUGUUGGCUGUUAUGAGGAGAAAUGUUAGACUGCUCUCACCCCUUAUCUAGUUCACAGAAGUUUGUGUGUAACUUCCUGGAGUGUCUGUCAGUUGCCUAGCAACAGAGCAGUCUUGAAAUGACCAAGAAAUAGUCCCUCACACAGAACCCCUGAAAAUUUUGUAUUUUAAGCUCAAUAUUUUCAUGAUAUUAUUCUUGAAAAAAAUAAUGUGACGUACUAACAGUGAGAUUUUAAUGUGCUGUUAUUCUUAAAGAGAGAGGACGAGAGAGGACAAUCACCUUCCCUGUAUGCAAUUUUUCUUUUUUUUUUUUUCUUUUUUUUGUAGGAUAUAUGUAUAUAUAUGUGUAUAUAUACUCACUGUGUCUUACACCAGGCUAAGCUAACCUGCAAACUUGAGAAAGAUUUCAAUAUUCUUACUUAACAUUUAUCAACAACCAUAAAAACUUUUUGUCAACAUUUACAUUUUGAAUUUCCCUUCAGGAAUUAAUAAAGUUCUUCUUAUCCUCUCUCAAAAACAUAAAAAUUUUCUUAAAAAAACAACCCAACAAGUUUUCUAUUAUUAUUAUUUUUUUUGUUAUCGUUAGCUAGUAGCUAACUAGCCAUCAACCAAGAUAUUUUACAGCAGGUUUCCUCAUAUAACAAAAAGAGAUAGUAUUAGCUUUUUAUUACCUCUUUUUAGAUUUAAAGUGGUUAAGACAGAUAUCUGCCAAUUUAUGUAUUUAACGUCAUUUUACUGUAUGUCAUCAAUUAAGCUUUAGUUUAGCUUUGAUAGUUGGCAUAGGUGGCUACGUUGCAGUUUUCACUGUUAAUUGCUGGCUCUAGUAUUUAGUAACAGCUUAUUUCUUGGUUAUAGUGAGAGCUUUUGUGUUUAUUUACUGUGUUAAUGGACACCAAACACACCCAGUAUAGUUUUGCACAUUCAAAGAGCUGCUGUUUCCUGCUCCAGAGGCUUCGGGGGCGUAAAGUUUGUGUGUUUGUGCAUAUGUGUUUCUGAUGGUCUGUUAGCUACCUGAUGGCAUUUGAUGACUUCUCGCAGUGAUGUGAAAAGAUCACAAACACAUGUUCAGAAAAGCUCCUCUCUUUCAAGAGAUUGCAGUGGAAUUGGUGUUAACAUAGAAAGACUGGGGUAAACACCAAUCCUCAUCAUAGUGAAGUAAAAAGAAGGUGCUAAUCUGUAUCGAGAACAUGUAAAGCUGCCUUUAAGAGCGCUAUAUAGGUAAAUAAUUACAAACCCAUUUGAUACUGUCAUCUUACAAGUCUGCCUGCACUCAUGCCAGAUAGAUAUUAGUCAUCUGCAUCCAAUUAUUUCUCAUUUCUGGGAGGCCUCGUCUACAAUAUGUAUUGGCUCCUGACUGGUUACCUGCUGCUUAGCAACAUGGAUGCUGGCUUUGGGUACAGAGCGGUCUUUCUUUUAAGCAAUGCCAGCUUUUAAUAUCAAAAAAUUUUCGCAGCAUGAAAAAAAAACCAAUCUCUUUUAUUAUUGUUUGUUUUUGUUUAGCCGCCAUUGUUGGUCAGGAAGUGUCGACCAGAACUUAGAUAGAACUUACCUCGAAAGCUGCUCCUCAUUAUUCAUCAGAGUUUUAAUAUUCUGCCUGUGUGCAGAGCGAUAAAGAGAGGAAGUGAAUCUGAGGACGUCUUCCCAGUCGUUUGAUGCCCUAUCUUAUCGAGGCAGUGAGGCCUGAAGUGAAUUCAUAUUGGAGGGCAGGGAGAUAGAGUGAUGAGUCAGCCAUGGCUCAGAGAGCUGGGACAUAUUACACCUGCCAUUUCACAGGGAGAGAGAAAGGAGGGGGCUGCAAGAGAGCAAAGGGGGUAAAACAGAAAUUGGCCCCUAAGAGAGCGGGAGGCAGAGUUAUAGAGACACGCAGUAUCUCAACUACCCAUCUGUCUGCGCUGUUAAACCAGACAGCACCUUGUGAAUCUGCAGAGUUUUGCUUCUUGGUUGAUUAUUAUUGCAGUGAAAUGGCAUUUGGAGCAUCAUAAACUUUCAUAUUUGACCACUGGGUGUGAAUUAUAAUGGACGACACAUCUCCAUAGCCUUUUGUUGUGGACAAGUGAAGCCAAAAUACCACCUUUAUGGGCACACACAAAAACAGUCGUAACGUUUUGUUGCAGCCGAGGUCUGCACAGAUGUGAUCUGGUCCAGGGGAGCUGCAGGAUUGACGUCACACCAAAGAACUAAUCACUAUGACAGUCAGGAGGCAUAUUAAAGAAUAUUUAAUUUAACAUGUUUUUCCAUUUUCUGGUUUGACCCGUGUUCUUUAUCAUUUCAAAAGUAAGGUUUAUUUUGGCUGCACUUAAAGGAGCAUCCAUGUCAUCUAUGUCUUUACAAAGUCUGUGUUUCACUCAGAAAACACAAAAUUUUAAUGAUUUGAUGAAGUUACUCUAAGUUGAUUAUGAAAUAUCAUAAUCCCUGCAGUGCACACACAUUGUAUGAAGCAUCCACUUUUAACCUCCUUAUGUUUUGACCCAGGAAUGUCAAAAAAGCAAUAUAAGAUUCUGCAAGUCAGGAGCAUUUUACAGGCUGAGGGAGUUUAGCAAAUUACCCCAAAUUACCCCAAUUCCAGCAAACCUGAACUGAUUGUAAUUAUUCCAAGACAAAAAUACAACUUUGACAAAUGAACUCUUUUUAAUGUUGUUAUUCAACUCAGUUCGGCACUGAGUUGCACCAGCUAUGAGUCAGUUUAAAUUUAGCCUUGACUGAAAGUAACACCUGAUUAAGGAUGAUGUUUACACAGUUUUAGGUGUCUCACCAACUUACAAUAAUAGUUUCAGUGCAAGUAUAAAUUAUAACUUAAAUGUUUUAUCUAGUUUUGAAUGGAUGUGAAGUCAUAUUGUUGUCGUGACAUGAUUUUCAGAGAUGGAAGUUGAGGUUUUUAAAAGCUUUUUUUCUGUGGAAAACAUAGACUAGUAAAAUUAAUUUAAGGUCAAACACACCGUAACACCGAGUUAGACACCCCGUCAACCACACAACUUUAUUUCUUUAUCAUUUCCUUGAAGUAAUUAUCACCAUAUUAAUUAUCUUGCACUGCAGACGCAGUAGUUCUUCUGCCUUAGCGUCUCAGUCUGAUUGCAUUUCCAUGAAGAAAUGAUCAUAAAUGUUCUUCCUUGGGCUGUGUCACCCCGUAGCAGUCCAUAAUGGACCGGCCCAAGGUCUCGCUAUAAACAAGCGGCUGCUGGAAGAGAGUAGGUGAGUUGUGUUUGGUCUCUUUGCUAACGAAAUUAAGCAAAGCUAAAAAGAUGUUUGGUGGCUAGUACUAUGGCUGGGACCCUAUAUGUACUGUUGAUGAAGUUAGGUGCUGUUCUGAACGUUAUUUGUGGCUAUAGAGUGGCGUUUCGGUUGAGGUUUAUUUAUGGCUCCUCAGACCGCUGUGUAUUGCUAUCAGGCAGUCGUUAUUAAAGUUUGUAAAACUAGAGAAGCGAGCGGUUACGAUGUGUUUGACCCUAAAUUAAUUUUACGCCGGAAUAUCUCUUGAAGUUUCUCUAUGUACAUCAGUGACUUAUGCUGCAUGAGUAAAAACAAGCACACAGGUUAAAGUAAUGAUGAAUAGGUGUAAGUACACAUGAAGUAUGAACACCUGUCUCCUGAGUAAAACUCUUGUACAUCUUUACAUUCAUCGAACACAACUUCUUGUACUUUAUGUUACAUAAACAGACCACCUUUCUUGCACACAUCUUGAUUACUGUUGCCACUUGAUAAACUGAAAGCUCUUUAAUAUCAGUGAAAUAGACUGAAAUUCAUAUAAAUGUCUUUUUAUGAUACCUAAAAGCAAACAAGACCAUCACUGACCAUAUUGAAGAUUUUUUCAUUACAAUGUUUAAUGCCUAACACAGGUGUGAGGGAGUAGGUGUCAGUAGGUGACAAUAAAUGAUGUAUUUGACUGUGAAAAGAGGACGUUACUUAAAUAUGUAUGAAGAUGGCAAAAUGAUGUAGUACUGUUUGGCCAUAGGGGCGACAAAAUGGACAAUUUCUCACAGAAGCUUUAAAUAGGCUGUAAUAAGUUUGCAUCUACUAAAAAACCAAAUGUGUUUUUUUUCAUCAGCUAGACACCAGUUUUUCCUGCUGGAAGUAACUUUGAUGAGUGUUGGGAGAGUUGAUUUAAAAACAGAUGAGUUGCAGGCUGUGAAACCCAGUUUAUGAGUUUCUUAUUCACUGUUGUAAAAGCCAAACAUCACAUUAUCCCAACAAAGCUCUCCCCACUUCAAAAGAGCGGAGAAAAGCCUGAAGAAAAAAGGCUGACGAACACAGGAACUUUUAAUUUCAUUGAAGGAGGAGAGCUUGUGAAACUUAAGCCAAUUUAACUAUGUUUCUAUCAUUACUCAAAAGAUAUUGUGCAAUUUGUUGUUCCAAAAGUUUAAAAUGAGUUGGGGAAACAAAACUUUUAGGUCUUCUUCACUUUUUUUUUCCUGAAACAAUCUUCCAAUCAGCCUGGGUGUAUUUAAACUAGGGGUGUCCCUAUACACAUUUUCGAUACGAUACCUUUACUGUAGCCUUCAGUAUUGGCCGAUUCCGAUAUUGAUCCAAUAUUGGCACAAACUUGUGCGUGACAAGUUUUGCACUCAGCUGCAACGUCUUUUUCAGACUGUAAGGAAAAAUACCGCCACAGGGCCGACAUCACUCCUACUCCUUGCUACUUUGUCAGUACCUUAGUACACACUGCUGUUGUGAUUAUAUGGGCUCUGCAUGCUGGAUCCAAUAUUUGCGGAUAUCGCACCGAUAUCAGAUAUCGAUAUCAUAUCGGGACACCCCUAAUUUAAACCCUCAUUAAAAGUCUCAAAGCCAUGUAGUUUUUACUCAACUCAACUCAACUCAACUUUAUUUGUUAAGCACUUUAAAACAACCACAGCUGAACAAAGUGCUGUACAUAACUAGACAAAACAACAAGAUAAAAAACAAUUAAAAUAAUGGAUAAAAUAAAAGCAGAAUUAAAAAGUAAAAUAUAGUUUCAAUGUUUUUAAAAACUAAUUUAAAAACAUAGAAACAAAUAACUAAAAACAAACCGUAAAACACUAAAACAGGAGCCGAGUCUCAUGUAGGGUUAAAAGCCAAUGAAUAAAAAUGGGUUUUAAGACGACUUUUAAAAAUUAGACUAAUUUAUUCCAUUAGAAAUGUAAACCUACUGUAAAAAUGUGAUUAUUUUGUUGGGAUGACUUGUGUCGUCUCUGAUCUCACAGGGACUCACCUGGCCAGAUAAAGGUCAAAUAAACAGAGUCAAUAAAAGUCAAUUUACAUAAAAGUAUCAAGUUUUCAGUCUCUUUAACUUGUCAUGUAACAGGGUAGUAUUUUAGAUUAGUUCGUUUUUUUGUAAUAACGUGUAAGUUUGUGUUUAAUUCCUCCAGGUGGCCUCAGAGUCCGAGCACUGUAUCAUCAAGCGUGAACAUGAGAAGUGCAUGGAGCGGAUCAUGCUGCACAAUCCCACCGAUGACCAGGAACUGGGUAAGUGAGAUUGAGUCUGCAAUAUUGUCUGAAUGUGUUUAUGCAUUUUUACACUCUUUGUUGCCGUAUCCUUGUUCGUGCGCAAUUUGUCAUAAAGCCGCUGCUCUCCAUGUAGUCUGCUGGGACUGAGCUGUUUACAUCUCACUCAGUAAAACGCUGAUGAAAGUCGUGCGUCUCUUUUAAAAUCCCGCUUUCCGGGAAGGAAUAAAUAACAGAGUUGUUUGUUCACUCAGUGACAAAGCAUUUUUCACUUUAUCCAGUGAAAAGGUCACAGAGGGACACAUAAGGAUGAGAAAUGACUGCUGUUUCUAUCAUAUUCACAACACCAAUGCAUCACCCUAGAUGGCUACUCCGUGCUCAUCUCACACACCAGAGACUAUCCAGUGAUACACAGCUGUCUGCCUGUAACGUCCUGCUGGGCUUCUUUCAUGUUUUCCUCUUUCACACACACACCAAAAAAAAAACAAAAAAAAAAGCAGGAUGCUCGGUAUGUGAUUCCUGGAAGCAAUUAUUUUCUUGGCUGUGGACGGUGGUUCUCAUUAGCAACUGCUGUAGGUCUCCCACUGCUCCCGAGUUGCCCAACAGACUGCAUCUCCCAGACUGCACUGUGACUCAUAACUCUCUGUGCGGCUGACGCUGAGGAAAAACACGAACACACAAAGGACUUUGAAAGUAGAAUAACAUGUUAAAAGCUUAGAGGAGCUUGAAGUUGAGCGAGUUUUAAAUCAGUGAAUCUCACAAACCUCGUCUGCAGUGUUUGACGUGGAAAGCUAAAUGUGCUCAUCUCAGCUUUUGUGUAUUUUUGAUUCAUUUUUGGAAAUUCUUAUGACCAGAUGAAGGUUGAAGCACAUUAUUUUAUUCCAUUAGAUUUUUGGUUUUCAUUUUAUACUUACAAACAUGGUAAAAGUAAGUCCUCUGUGUCUCUUUCCCAAACUUCUCUGACAUGGACGCUUUGUUUUUGUAUUGAAGUUUCCAUUUUUAGAAAGCAAAGUCACAUGUGUUGCCCUGUUCUGACCUUUUGAGUGAUUCCUGUUUCCUCCGGUCCCUUUUAUAAGGAACCGUUCUGUGUUUGUGCUGACAGUACAUGGCUGGUGAGGAAACAAAAAUGCUGGGUUUGCAUAAAACCGAUAUGGAGCUUGAAAUUUGUUUAGAGAACUGAGUAUGAGAAGAGGACAAGAAUAAACAAGAGAAAAUAAAAGCAGACUGUAGGUGGUUGGAUGAUUUUAUUUUAUUUACUUCUGCUAAUAAGAUCCAUCUCUAAAAGAAUUGUUUGUUCUCAGUAUUUAAUCCAGGUUUUCAGACCUCAGAUUAGUAUGUAUGCUGUGUGAAAUUGCUUCAUGGUGAUUUGUUUUUUUCCGGUGCUUCACUCACAAUCUGAAUGAGCUAAAUUUAGCAACAGCAGCUUUGGCGUCUCAAAAUGAUUGGAUUAAUGUUCUCUGAAAGGGUACUUCACAAAUAAGUUUCCUUAAAGCCAAACGAGGAAGAAGUUGAUCCAAAUUAAUUAGAGUCGAUGAGUUUUUUCCUUUUAAUAUGUCAGUCCCACAACAGAACAGACUCGAACACUUUGUAUUGAAAUUAUUAUAUUGGAUUUUAAUUGAGUUAAAGGAAAACAAAUCAAAUGAUUUAAUAGUUAAUUAUAAUUUUUAUUAUAAGUAAAAGAAAAUUUCUUGUUCUAACAGAAGGAAUUUUGUCUUUGGGUGAUUUGUGCUUUUUUAAAACUCAUUUGCCAAACAGUGAAUUAAUAAAGAAAAUAAUCAGCAGACAGAAAGGAGACAGUCUGCAGUUUAUUUGUCUUCAGUUUUAGCCGUUUUAAAGCGUCUGUGUGGAGUUUCUAACAUGUAAUAGAGUUCACUGAAAUAAUUACUGAUGCCUGGAUAUGACUUUUAAAAGCAUCAGUAAUCACGUUUACAUGGGCAAAAUUUCUUGAUCUGAUUUCCAAUAAUCAGAUCAUGAUGUGCGUAAACAUGCACCAAGCUUUAUUCAGAUUAGAAGCAUUUGGACAUGCACAGAGUUGUCUGAUUUUGUUAAAACAACUGCGGAAGAAGAGUUGUAUUAUUAAACACGGUAGUAGCGCACUCCAUUCAAUUCACAAGUUUCCCCUCUGUUAAAUGUUGUCACUAGAUGGCGCCCCUGGUACUUAUUUUACUGUUCUCUCAAAGGUCGCUCUGUGCGCGCAGAUGUGGCAUCAUUAUGCUGUAUAUUUGCCUUGUUAUGUUACCGGAGGAGCAGACUACGGCACCUGUGGUUGUGUUUUAUGCGAGAGAAUUAAAAAUGAAACCUCCCGUACCAACCUCCAUAAAUAGCCAAAGGUUAAAGAGUGAAUGUGAGUCAGGUAAGAGAGUCACGAUCGGAAUAAGUGUUUACAUGGACGCGCUUCGGAAUGACAAUCGUCAUAAACCACCUCUCUCGAUCGGAAUACAAUUUCUUUCCAAUUGAGCCGAAUUGGAUCAGAAUCUCCCGAUCAACAUGUUUCAGAUCAGAUCGGGCAUUUAUUCUGAUUAUUUGUGCCCAUGUAAACGCAGCUAGUGACAAUAGUAAUCACAGCUGGAUGUAUAUUUUACAUGGAUGUUUUAACUCUGCCAGAGGGGAAGGUGGCAGGUCAGGCAAAUUAAAAGCAGGCUGCAAAUCAUAAAAAGCUGAAUGUCUGGAUUCUCGUGUUUUGCUCUCAGUGUUUGAGAUUUGAUAGAAAAAUAAUGAAUGAAUAUUCUUUUAGCAGGUGGUUGUACAGGGAAACUUCACUCUGAUCCACCUCCUCUUUGUGUGGCACUCAAUUGAAUCUGAAUACAGAAAAAAAAACAAUUCCCUCAAUUAUCUGAUAAGAUCAGGUUUAAUUAGAAAAAAUUCCUCCAUGUGUUCAUGUGCUUGUUCUCUACGCUGUGUAUGUGCAGGAUGUGUGUAGAGAUACUGAGCAGCCCAGUGAGAUUUCAGUACAUUGGGGGAUCUUGUGUGAGAUAUCCAGCGAAGCAGACAGACUCUUUUAUUAAGGCGGUUACCUCUGCUGCUCUGUGCGGCUCAUUUGGCUCCGAUUUGCCCUUUAAAAGGUAAUUGGCUUUGUGUCCGGCUCACCAGACAGAACCAAAACAGAUUAGAGAAAGGUCUGCAGAUACACAUAUAUGUCAGAGCGCACACAUGCACACAGAGAUACCUGCUUGCACUCUUAAACUCACGAGAGUAAAUGAAGAUGCAAGAUCGAACCUGCUGCUGAAGCACUAUGGAAGAAUUCAAGCAAAAGCAGUAUUAGUUAACCUGAGGAGAUGGAGACAGAGAAAAGGAGGGUCCUCACAACAAAGUAAGAAGAGGUAGAAAGAGAGGGAGAAAUCAAAGCAGCGCUGAAAAUAUCAUAUGUGGGAUUAAUCUUGAAUAUGAGCCGAGAAAUGAUUCAAUCAGGGUUCCUACACAGUUGGAAUUUCCAUACUUUUCCAUACCCUACUUUUUAGGAUUAUUUUUGGAAAUACCUACUUUUCUAUUUUUAGAAAACUGUAUUUUAGGUCUAUGGUAAUAGUCUGGAAACAAAGAUAUUUUUCCAUACUUUAUUUCUCAUUUGCCUUUUUUACUUUUUAAGACCUGAAAAUUGAUCGAAGUACUUCCAUAUUUUUCCAUACUUUCCAUUCUUGCAUUGGAACCCUGAUCAGAUCAGAGCAAAACUAAACAGAAAUUAAAACCGAAUUAUUGGCAACUUGUUUGUAAUACUAGAUAGAAAGUAUCUGAAUAAACUGACAGAAAAAAAAUGAUAAAAAUGACCUUUUUUUCCCUCAAACUAUCAGGGUCUAACACGUCAGUUCUGCCAUAAAUAUCUUUUAAUAUCUCAUAAUUAAAUUGGUGUAUAUACUGUAUAUUAUGUAAAUUCACAUGUUUAAAGUUUUCUUUGUUUUAAGUCCUUUAAGUGACCUUUGACCGAAAAAAAACAAGAAAAUCUCCUCCUGCUGUAAGGUGUAUUAUUUGCUGUAAGUGUUUUAUAUACUUUAUUCAGCCGCUCAUCAACACCUCUUACACAAGUUUAAGGCAUUAAGAAUUACCAGCCCUGAUACAGUAAUCAAAAGUCUUAUCCUUGAUGGUCUUCAGUGAUGUCCAAAAACUCCUCAUAGCAGCUUUAAAGGAUAAAGUUACAUUCAAGUCAGAGGGGAUGUGUACUAAAUUUUCUUGUCAGUGCAUUGUUAAUGAAUUGAAGAAUGAAUGGAUGAAUUUCUUAAUUAAUUUCUCUUUGAGGGAUCAAUAAAGUUCUUGUAUUUUAUUGUCUCUGAUAUCAAUGUAAACCAAUACAGUUUUAUAAAAUGACCAAACUUUUCCUCCCACUUUAGAUUAAAACAUUUCUCGCCCCCAGGGGAGUCACGCCUCACCCUUUAGGAACAUUUGUCUUAGACGAUAAAUAUCACUCUGCCCCAUGUGGGUGUUAAUGAAAGAUCACAAGAAAUUAAACCUUCAAUUCAAUCAGUGUAACUUGAGUUUAAUUCAGUUUCAUGCAAUUCAAUCAAUGUUGGUUUCACUUCAUCAGUUCACCAUCAGAAGAAUCUGAUAAAAUCUUCCUCUGACCUCUUUGUGUCGUUUCUCUCUCGUCUUUUCAGUGUGUCCGUGGAUGUGGGACAAUCUGACCUGCUGGCAGGCAGCCAGCAUCGGAGAAGUCGUGUGGGUCAACUGUCCAGAGCUCUUCCAUGACUUCAUGGGUCCUGACGAUGGUGAGGAGAGCACCAGAUGUGUGACUUAUUUGAUUUGAUCUCAUUUGUAUUCGGUUUAAGUCCGAGCUGGAACAUGAUCUGUCUUUCAGAGAUGGGCAGGGUCAGUCGUAACUGCACCGAGUAUGGCUGGUCUGAACCCUUCCCUCACUAUGUGGACGUCUGCUUCUUCUACGACAACAACACGAAACCUGUGAGAACACCUAUUCUUACCUAUUAUUGAUAUCCUCUUUUAUUAAUCACACACAAAACUCUUAGUAACCUUCCAUCUUCAACGUUAGGACACAUACUACUCCUCAGUCAAGGCUCUGUACACAGUGGGCUACAGCACAUCGCUGGUGUCUCUGACCACAGCUAUGGUCAUCCUCUGCAGAUUCAGGUGAGUUAGGCUGCUUAUUUUCUUUUACAAAAAAAAAAAAGGAAAAUCGCUCUUUAUUGGGCGUUUUCUACUUUCAGUAUGUUUGGAGGACAAUAGGCAGAGCAGGAAAUUCCUGAGAUUGGGCUCUAAUGCUGAAUCUGCUCGAGUAAAGGUCCAAUCCCAAACCCCUUUUCCCAAAACUGGAGUCUGAAGUGAAGCUCUUAAAGUGCUCCUCUCAUAAAUAAAGGAUUGACUUCAGUAAUAUGAUGCAGUAACACCGUCCAGCCAAGGUCUUUUAGCUCCUCGGCAUCCCAGAGAGAGAUCGUAAACGCACGAUAACCUGGGUCAGUGCUCAAAGAAAAUCUCAAACUGUGAUAACUCUCCCUCUUUUUUUCCUCUUCAGCUCCGUCUCACACACGCUUACAUCUCCCAGAAACCAGAUACUGGUUCUCUAUGUGACAUGCUAAUCAAACCCCCCAGUAAUCACCAUUUAUUCAAACAGCUUAGGUCCUCUCUUAACCACCUCUGUACAAAACUGUAUGACUGUGAUAGAAGGGGGUAGGUGUCAGCCUCUGACUUAUUUCUAUUUAAAGGGAUAUUGCAGCGUAAAAUAGAUUUAGGGUCAAACACACCAUAACACAGAGUUAGACACCCCUGCGAGAGAUAAAUGUUGCUGACCGCUUGCUUCUUGAGUUAUACCAACUUACACCAACACAGUGGUCUCAGGAGCCAUAAACAAACCUCAACCAAAACGCCACUCUAUAGCCACAAAUAAUGCUCAGAACAGCACCUAACUUCAUCAACAGUACAUAUAGUGUCCUAGCCACCAAACAUCUUUUUAGCUUUGCUUGAUUUCUUUAGCAAAGAGACUAAACACAACUCACCUACUCUCUUCCAGCAGCCGCUUGUUUGUAGCGAGACUUCGGGCCAGUCCAUUACGGACUACAGCGGGGUGAAGCAGCUCAAGGAAGAACAUUUAUGAUCAUUUCUUCAUGGAAAUGCAAGUGCAAAAUGAUUAAUAUUGUGAUUAUUACUUCAAGGAAAUGAUAAAGUAAUGAUCAUAAAUGUUCUUCCUUGAGCUGUGUCACCCCGCUGUAGUGCGUAAUGGACUGGCCCGAGGUCUCGCUACAAACAAACGGCUGCUGGAAGAGAGCGGGUGAGUUGUGUUUAGUCUCUUUGCUAAAGAAAUCAGGCAAAGCUAAAAAGAGGUUUGGUGGCUAGUACUGUGGCUGGGACCCUAUAUGUCCUGUUGAUGAAGUUAGGUGCUGUUCUGAGCAUUAUUUGUGGCUAUAGAGUGGCGUUUUGGUUGAGGUUUGUUUAUGGCUCCUCAGACCGCUGUGUAUCACUAUCCUGCGGUCGUUACUAAAGUUCGUAUAACUAGAGAAGCAAGGAGUCGUCAACAUUCAUCUCUCGAUGGGGUGUCUAACUCGUUGUUACGGUGUGUUUGACCCUAAAUUAAUUUUACGUCGGAAUAUCCCUUUAAGUCAAUCCAAUUCAGGCAUGUUUGGGUGUGUUUGUCAAACUUUCUCAAUCUCUGCAGGAAACUCCACUGCACCAGGAACUUCAUUCACAUGAACCUGUUUGUGUCCUUCAUCCUGAGAGCCAUCUCCGUCUUCAUCAAGGAUGGAGUGCUGUACGCUCAGGAGGACAGCGACCACUGCUUCGUACACACAGUCAGUAACCAGAACUAAUACAUACACUAUCCGCGGCUGAUGUGCUGCAUGUUUCUGCUCCGUAUGGUCAUAAUCAACAGGAGAAAAAAAAAAAAAACAGAACAAUGCUCUCUUGUUGGGUAUGAUUUAAUGAAAAAUGGAUGUGCUACUUUCAGUCAAGAAGACUUAUUACUUCAUUAGCCUAGAUUUGAAGCAUAAAAUAGCUAAAUAAAGCUGUUAUUGUUGUAAAUUAUCCUAAAUCAGUAUCAGAAGUUUGCAUUGGCAGCAGCGAGACGUUUCCUGGAUUAUUAUCAGCUAAUCAUUUCCAGAGCGGUUUAUAAAAGGAUUUGAUGGAAGUGCGGCCACUUGUUUUAUAAAGAGAAACAUAUGUUCUUUUUCUGUUUGAGAUAUAAGGAGAGGUUUGUAGACAGAGGGGCUUCAAACACUUCCCCUCAAGUCUCUCCUGUUUGAUAUUUACCUUUGAAAGUACUUCAGUCACAUGCAGAUCGUACACAAAGCAAACACGCUAUUAGAUGACUAAUACUCCCUGAUUACGAAUGCAGAACAAGCUCUUAGCCUUUGUCUGCUAACAACACAUUGCUCACUCUUGUUAAGCAGCCAUGAUAAAUAAACCUAAUUAGGUAUGCUAAUGGCUUCAGCAAGACCAGUGGAAAUCUUCUACUAGAGGCUAUUAACAUUUCAAUGGGUGCUGUGGCCUUUUUGUCAAAACCGCUGCUUUACUCCUGUCACUAUGGCGAUCACAGGUCAGCAUCGUGAUAUUGUGGUACCAGGAAUUAGAUCUGCUCUGUAAUUGGUUGACCCCCACUCUUUAAUUAACAUGAUGUCAUUUGAUUAUGUUGCUCCUGAUAUGUGUACAUGCGGGGCCUCUGCUGCCGCCUGUGAAAAAAGCAUGUUAAAUCCACUCAUGCAGUGGUUGCUAAAUGUUGUGAUUUUAAGGGAAAUUGUAGUGUACUGCACUGAGUCGAAACCUUGUUGUAACAGUGACAAGGAUCUCUGUUUGCACUGUGUUUUACAGGAACGGGGACAUUUGUCACUCUGACAUUUAUUGUCUUAGGUUUUGCAUUUGUAGCUCCAACAAAAUGCUAAAAAAAAAAAACACCUGCUCGUCCAAAGCAGACGUUAUAUACCUAACAUUUUUAGGGUCUCACAACUGACUGCUGGUGAUACCUUUAAAAAAUGAUUUUGCAGAUUUUACCUUUCCUUUUAUAUACGGUAAUAAGAAAGCCAGUGAGUCAGAUCCAGAUCUGAAAUAACUCAUAAAAGAUGACUGUCUGUUCUCUUUCUUGCUCUCUCUGCGUUUCCUCUCGUGCAGGUGGGAUGUAAAGCCGUAAUGGUUUUCUUCCAUUACUGCGUCAUGUCCAACUACUUCUGGCUGUUCAUUGAGGGUCUGUAUCUCUUCACUCUGCUGGUGGAGACUUUCUUUCCUGAGAGACGCUACUUCUACUGGUACACUAUAGUAGGAUGGGGUGAGUAUCCAUACUUGAGUGAUUGCCAUAGUAACUAUAUGUGUAACUCCACUCUCCAGGGCCUGUGUCCAUUAACAGUGUGUGUUGCACAAGCAGCAACCACGACCUCAAAUUUAAAGCACUCCUCUGCAGCACCUGUUGUUGCUGGUUACAAGUUGUCUUCAGUCUCCUUUUAUAGUGACAGUUAUGUCUGUUUAAUCAAUCACAAGGAGUGAAUUCUUGACAAUAGCAGCUCUACAUCUUGAGAUAUAACUUUAAAGAAAUGAGUCUGGAUGUUGAGUUUUUUUAACAGUUACUAUUAGUGAUCCUUCAUCUUUUUAAUUGGUAUUAUUAACUGGACGCAGGUAAAUGAAUUAUUGAUGAUUUGUGCGAGGUGAAGGGGUGGGACCGGGCAAGUUUCAACUUCCUUUCACUCCAUUUUGAACAUGCGAAUGACAAAAUAAUUUGACUCUGGUUUUGCUUUCUUUCUGGGUUUUUAUGUUUUGUGUGUAUGUCUAUGUCUUUAAUUUGUACUAUGUUUAAUUGUUGUUCAUGUUCAAAUAAAUUCUAUACAUAAUAAAUAGAUAAGAAUUGGUCAGCGAGGGGGAAACGACAGCGACAAACUCGGCAGAAAUUGAACUACUUUCAGCUGAGAGCAACAAAAACAGCUAAAGUUGAAGAUGUUUUUUAACUUUGUCAGGAUACUGAAACACUGAGCUGCAUUGGACUUAAAGAGUAAAUUGAUGCUGCUGACACCAAAAGCGUCUAGUGGACACAGGCCCUUAGUCCACACUUAGCUUUGAAAGUUAUCUUCAUGUCAGCAAUCAUUCAUUCGUAAAUAAUUCCUAAAUAAGUAAUUCAUAAAUAAUAAAUAAAUAAUUCAUAAAUAAUUCAUAAAUAAUAAAUAGAUAGUUCAUAAAUAAUAAAUAAAUAGUUCAUAAAUAAUAAAUAAAUAAUACAUAAUAAAUAGUUCAUAAAUAAUAAAUAAAUAAUUCAUAAAUAAAUUCGUAAAUUGAUAAAUUGACACAGAAAGCGUCUAGUGGAAACAGGCCCUUAUGCCACACUUUCAGCUUUAAAAGUCGUCUUCAUGUCAGCGUUAUUUAAUUUUAGAGGAAUCAUUUACAUGAGAUUUGGAUGUCCUGAUAGUUCAGAACGUUUCAUCCAGCGUAUCUCAUUGAAGAAAUGAUUCUUGUGUUGUAUCUGUUGAUUUGCUGUGUGAUGAAAACCAGACCUGUCAUUGUAUUGAUUGUACCGUGUAUGCCAGAACCAGAUGAAUGCAAAAUACAAAGAUCUAUGAUCGUAUCCUCAGUGUAUUGAUCGUUACUGUUUGUAUCACAGGAACUCCCACCAUCUGCGUCACUGUCUGGGCGGUUUUAAGGCUCCACUUCCAUGACACCGGGUAAAACACCUCUGGAGGAACUGCAGCAACCUUACCAACCUUACCUUGUUCUGGCUUUUAAUAUUGGCUUUGCAAUUUCACAUGAUAGGAAACACAUGGCCUCGGAAGAAACAUUUAUCUUUUUACGCCAGUGUUACCAUUUAUUUUCUUUUGUUUGAAAUCCUCCUGUCCUCUCUGACCCUCUUGCCCACUCUCUUAAUCUGCAAAAGGACACCCGUUUGAUGUUAUGUAAUACAAAAUGCUGAGAGACAGUAAAGAAGACCACGCACUGACCUCCUCCUCUUCCUUUUUAGAUGCUGGGAUACAAAUGAGAAUACUGCCCUCUGGUGGGUGAUUAAAGGACCAGUUGUAGCCUCCAUUAUGGUAGGAGAAAUGUUUCCCAUCAGAUUUAUUUAAAACAUUUUCCUUUAUUAUUCUCGUAAACAUCAGAUUUUUUUUUCUGUGUUCCUCAGAUCAACUUUGUACUUUUCAUUGGAAUAAUAAUCAUCCUGGUCCAGAAGCUGCAGUCCCCUGACAUCGGAGGGAAUGAAUCCAGCAUUUACCUGUAAGUUACGAUAAAUGCUAAUAUCCUCUGGAAUAGCUUGUUUGUAAGAAAUAUGUUAUAAUAGAAAGUAAUUAAGCUGUAAGAUGAUUUAAAAAGAUGACAAACAAUACUGCUACUGCGUCUUUAAGGAUGCAGCUGGAAUUGGUCAGUGUCAUGUUUUUCUUAUUAAGAGAGCCUGUAGGACAAUAUUAUCUUAGGAUGAAGUCAGCUCAAAGCUACAGUAUGAUAUUUCUUUUUCCACUGAAAUAAAACUUCUUUUUUGUUGUUGAAGAUGACUUAAAAACACAUAAAUAAGCUCCACUGUUGCAUUGGAUGUCAACUGGAUAAUUUCCUUCUUUUUGAGUCGUGUUUGUUAAAACUCUGCUGAUUAUAAGGAACUACUAAGACUAAGAUAAGGAGUCAGGGUCCAGGUGUUGGAAAAAUUAAGGUCUUUUAUUGACUUUGUUUAUAGGAAAACAAACAAUUACACCAGCUUUUUCCUUUAAUCAAUCACUGCAUGGCAACCCAGACACAAUAUGCUAACAUGUUUCUUGUUUUUCUGCAAACUCUACCACUAAAAAAACAAUAAAAGCCAUCGUCCGUACACUAUUUAAUAAAAUCACAAGACCCGUAAAAAAAAGCGGAGCACGUUUUAUCGCAGCCGUUAAAAUGUCUCACUUUACAUUUUUAUCAUUAAACCUCUUGUGUGUCUUUGCAGACACUUUUUCAGAAUAAAUUUAAUCUUUGCUACCUGUUGGCAGGAAGCUUGAGCCUCAUUAUGGAGCUGUACUGUAGCCAGACAUCACUCCUGUUCAGCUCCCACAGGAAGGCGUCUUUUGAGGCCCUGCAGAUAAUGUCAUUCUCAUCUGUUGCCUAGACCUGUGCGUGUGUGACCAAGUGUGAACGUAUGUGUGAGUGUGUGAGUGAAUGUGUGUGUGUGUAAGUAGCGUAAGACUGUGUGUCUGUGUCCCUAAAGACAUUGUCUUUGUUGUAUUGUUGUGUUGUCUUUGUGCUGUGUAGCAGCUGUGCUCAGAAAUGCUUCAGUGAGCCCACACAGGCUGUUCAGCAUUCGUGCAGGAUGUCAGAGUUAUCCACCAUCACACUGUAAGUGUGUGUGUACGUGUGUGUUUGUUGGCCAACAUAUGUGUUUAUGUGUCCGUCCCGUGUUGACCGUAUGUGUGUGUUGUGCACCAGUGGUUCUCGAAGCUUUUCACAACGGUCCGGACUCCCACAUGCCAUACUUUCAUACUCACAUUAACUUUAAGUUUUCUUCUUGUGUGGACCCUUACGUCCAUGCAGUGCACCCUUUACACCCUCAAAACAAUCAAACCAUCACAAUGACAUGCAAACCUUUGCAUUGAAAUAACCUUUAAACCUGGUCUUAACCCUCAAAUAAGCUCUUUGAACUCAAGUAAAGAUAAUGAAGCAGAAUUCUUGAGCAGUCCUCUCAAAAAUUUCUUGAUUUGUGAUGUUACUUUUCAACGUCUCCCACAGAAAAAGUUCCAAUUUUGUUUUUUUCUGUCCUUGAGGACCAGACUGUACCAUAGACUGUAUAUAGAAUGGACGGAGUCUGCCUCCUCUCUGGGUGAAGCCACUCCGAGAACAGCACCCUCUGUUGAUGGGCUGCAGUAUAGGUCAUAAAUCCCGCCUCCGCCAGCAAAGCUUAUGAAGCUGUAGACAAACUUUAGAAAUUUAUUACACAGAACAUAAAUUUUUCUCCCCCCUGCUUGUGAUGUUGACAUGUAGUUAUUGUAAGACUGGUUUGUGCUCAAGUCCUCUUUUUUCUGUACAGCUCAGUUUUCAAAGGUUAUUAGGGGGUUAAUGUUUUCUAUGAUUGACACCUGGUACAGCCUAUUGGCGUUCAGGGAUUGCGUAGCUCACCCGGGGGAUACAAUGUUUGAGCCGAGCGUCAUCACAGCGACUCUCGGCGACUGCGCGGCCGAAUGUGCGCAUCGCUACAGCGCAGCUCUGGUUUCAGGAAAUGAAGAAAAAUCCCGGAAUUACCGAGAGCUUUUUGGCUUCAAAUCCGUAUACAGGCAGGAGGCGGAACCAAGUUGUCCAUAGUAUAUACAGUCUAUGGACUGGACUCCUAAUAACUUCCCAUUUAUGCCUCAUUUUUCUUCUAAUGUCUCAUUUGUUUUGUUUCUUUGUACCUCCACUCCUCACCUCCAAGUCAAAACUAAUACUUUCCUGCUUGUAACUCCAGGAGUAGAUUGCACAUGUCAGCUGUUGUCCCUGUUUCAGUCAUGGACAGAGAUCAGUGCACUAAAUCUGAUCUCAAUUCAACAGGAUAAGGCUGGGGUAACUGUGUAUUUGUCUUACUGUCAACCUGUCCCAUAAUGGACCUAAACCAACGACUUCAUUUAUCGUGGCAAAAAAUACAGAUUAGUGACUUCCCCAGCUAUCCUCUUGUUAAUAUUUCCAAUUUUUUAUAAAAAAAAAUCACCCUCCAAGGUGAGUAUUAACAACUGCAGUGUGGCAAAUGUUAAUCUGACAUGAAAGUAACUGCAGUUCAUAUGCUAACUGUGAAAUACUGAGAUUUAUGCUCAUGUUUUUAUCUUUUUUUGCUGAACAGAAGAAAGAGACAUAUUUGGAUUGGGCUUUAUGAACAAUGAGUUGAUUUCAUUGUUGGUUUUUGUCUUUUAAUGGGAUUUCUACUUGAAACAAUAAACAAAAACGACUCCAGUCUUAUCCUUCAGUAAAAACCCUCCUUUUUUUCAUUCAUGUCUUUAUAAAGAAUUGAGAGCUGUGAGUAAAAGACUCAGAAAAUGUGUCAUAACAUUGCAUCAGUGGCUCUGUUCUUGCAUCACAUCCAGCUGACCGGCCCGAUUAAACCAUGGCUUUGAUUUACAUUUGACUUCCACCCCACUAAUCAACUGUGUGUGUUUUGUGUGUGUGUGUCUGUAUGUGUGUGUGUAUGUAUGUAGGCGUCUGGCACGCUCUACCCUCCUGCUCAUCCCUCUGUUUGGAAUUCACUACACUGUGUUCGCCUUCUCACCUGAGGACGUCAGCAAAAGGGAGAGACUGGUCUUUGAACUGGGACUUGGAUCCUUUCAGGUAUGAUUUCACAGCUCCUUAAGUACCUGCUGCUAAACCAAAGACGAGUAUUAGAUAACCAACAAGAAGAUUUAUCAUGAGCACAAAAAAGCAACCAAAAGUGAACACAAAAGUAUUCAUCAUGAGAAUUGGAGAUGCAGUCAACACAAUCCUUAUUUUUAAUUUCUUUUCAAUGCUUUCUAAAAAUAUUAAGAUAAAAAUAUGUUGGUGCUUGGUUUCUGUUGGGGGCCGCCUUGCCAGAAAUGUCUGUUUUUCAUGUUAGGCUCCAGUUUUCUAAGAAUGCCUUAUUAUAUAGCUCACAACUCUUGGUCUCUACUGUAGUAUUGUUGGGUGCAGCAGAUCUGGCCAGAUGAUAACAGAUUCAAAGGACUCUCAUCGAUAAUGAUAAUAUUGUGUUUUUAUUUUUAUAUGUAGUGAAAUUUCCCUUAUAAAGACAGAUGUUUCAAUUUUAUGUCUUCUUUUAUAAUAGCUUAGGACAUUCCCAGAAUCUUGCCCCUCAUAAUCUUCACUUUCUGUCCCUGAUCUGACUAAAUUGUGGUUUUAACAAUGUCUCACUUCUCAGUGUCGUAUCAUUGAGCAGAUGAGAGUUCAGUCAAUAAAUCUUAUUGUGUUAGAGGGUCCUGGGACAGAUGAGAGCAGAAAAGAGUUUGUGUCUUUUUAGUUUUUCAUCUGUGAAAACCAGCAUGCUGAAAGAGACAGGAAUAUGUUAAAGUUACUCUGAGGCAGGUAAGCCAGCAUGCUUUAACAUCAACAUUAGCAUUAAAUAAAAGAGAGAAAUAGUGAUUGUAGUCAGGGUUUAUGGUUUAUUAGUGAUACAGCAGGUCCCUCACUGGGUUAGGGUUAGGGUCAGGUGACAAGCUUAAUUUAUGCCCAGUAGAAUUAGGGUUUUAAGUGCCUGUAUGGUCAUUUGAAUCAUAAUAAUGCAUCAGAUUUCAUAUAGUGUUUUAUCAGAGAUCCUCAAAACGCUUUACACUGGAUGCAUCAUUCACACCUUGGUGGUGGUAAACUACCUUGGUAGUCACAGCUGCCCUGGGCUAGUUUGCGCCUACGGCCUCUCCGAACACCACCACACAACACUCACAAUCGUACACCAGUGGAGGACACACACUGGGAGCAAGGUGGGUUGGGUGUCUUGCCCAAGGACACAACGGACAGACUCAGGAUAGCGGGGAAAUGAACCGCCAACCUUAUAGUUAUUGGAUGACCGCUCUACCUCCUGAGAUACUGCUGCCCCAAUCAAUAAUUUUCAGGAAAACAUGAACUUUUAUACGACUUCUUUUAGGUGCAAAAUCCUCGCCUUUCAUGGAACACGUUACAUAAAGUUACUCAUAACCUUUUUCAUUGCCUGGUUGUAACUGAGUCCUCCCUGUCCUUGAUUUGAUUGUAUAGCUUAGAAAUAGCUGAAAAAGUUACCAGGCUAAGUUUUAAUACUACUUCAUCUGUUGGUGUUUUUAUCUCAAGUUUAUUUUCUUUCUUGUUGUGUCUGUUUUCCUCCUCAGGGCUUCGUUGUAGCUGUACUCUACUGUUUCCUCAAUGGAGAGGUAAGCUCUGUUCCUGUACCAACUAAGACUCUUGGUGGUUUUCCCAACACCUACUGAUAGAAGAGGGACUCCUGAGUUAUUUUUUUUUUUAUAGCUGUGUGAUAUCAAGACUUAUUUGACUGUUUAAAGGGUUUCACAAAAGCUCCUACAGCAGAAAUUAAACACAUUAGAAAUAUAAUCCACAUACGGUUGGUGUACUGUACCUUUUCGUGGAGCUGGUGCAGCUUAAAGUUCAUUAAAAAUGACCUUGUGAAGUUUCUCCCUGAAGGUGCAGUCAGAGAUCAAGAGGAAAUGGCGCAGCUGGACAGUGAACCGAUACUUUGCUGUGGACCUGAAGCAGCAAAGGCACCCUUCAUUGGCCAGCAGUGGAGUGAACGGCGGGACUCAGCUGUCGAUCCUGAGCAAGAGCAGCUCCCAGAUCCGGAUGUCGAGCCCGCUGGCGGAGAACGCCAACAUCAGCCUCCCCACCUGAGCGUGUGACGGGCAGGAGUCGAUUCAAGGUGCCGUUCCACUUAAUGUAAAUCCAGACCAACCAGAGCAGACCAAAGUGGCCCCUUAAACUCUUAUUUUGUAGUUCAUCUCUUGAGAAAUGAGGUAUUUCUGAAAGCAUUUAAUGGAGAUACAUCACAGGUGCAUAGCUGACCUACAUACUUGAUUCCUUUGACUUUAAAAUCUCAUUUAUGUGAAUAUUUUAGUUGACUCCAGAUUGAAACUUUUUAUAAUUAAUGAUGCACUUAACAUUUUUACAAACAAAUAUUGGCAAAAAAUGUUGGAAAACCCACCAAACCAAGAUUUCAAACUUUAAUUUAACCCGUUUGUUUUUUUGUUUUAGUAAAUACAAAUCAGAGUUGGUGCCAAAAGAACAGCAAAUGUUGGGGAAAUGUAGAUUUAAAGAACAAACGCGGGGGUCGUACUUGGCUCUCGGUGUGUAAAGUUAAUGUGCUUCAAAGUGCCAAACAGGUUGCCUGACUGGAUCUGAUCUUGAAACAGGCCUGAGAUCAAUAUCAACCCACCAAAUGUUCGCCUUGCUUGUAUAAAUGCUCACUGUUUCAAUGUUUCAUCUUGAAUUUGAACAAAUUUUCUACAAUCAGCCGUAAGUACAGAGUAUGUCAAAAAAGAUUUACUGAAAAAAAAAAAAAUACAAAAGCUCAUGGACUUUGUAAAUAGGUAGUCUUUAGUGUCUGGAUCAGAUUAUUUUUCUUUUGCAAAAUGCAGUAUUGUAAUGACCUUUUCAAACAAAAGGAACUGGAGCUCAAAUCUGUAGACUUCAUCAUAAAUAUACGGAGGACAGAGGAGGUCUUACCCUGAACUAUUUGCCUGUAUUAUAUGAAAUAUUAUGAGAUAUAAUAUAUGAAAACACACACACACACAGUAUUUUCUGUAUAAGAACAAAGUGCCAAUGAAUGAUAGGUGUGUGGAUGCGGCUCCCAGUCGCAGUCACAAAACAAAUCUGACUGAUUUCAGUCACAACAAGUGAAGAAAAUUUAAUAUUAAGUUCCUUUUAUAUUCAAGGACAUUAACAAAAGACACUUUUACAUCUCGAGGCUUCUGGAAAUGUCGCUCUGAAACGGCAAAGUCGUGAUCUUUUUGAACAGCUAGAGGAAAUAUAAUACUUGUGAUUUUGUAUUUUUAAAGGUCAAAGAAACUAGUUGUGAGGUGGUCAGCACGUACACGAGGGAUUCAAAAUCUGGAUUUCAAAGACUUAAACUAAAAUUAGCCUCAUAUUAAUAUCAAUACACAGCCUCUAAUUCAGCUCCUGAAGUUUUCUUCUGCUGGUUUUCUCUCGCAUAAAUUUGUCAAACUUGUCAGUGGUGUUCCCGCAGACUGUGAACAUAAACAUAAAUGUGCCAUUUUUUUCUGGAUGCUUCUAUUCCAAGCUCCUCAUAGUGCCAUGAGUUUAUAUGUACAGUAUCUGUAUUGUAGGCUGUGAGAAUUAAACCCUCAACAUGCUAUUUUCUCUGAGCCUCAAAUCAUCUCGCAAUAUUUGAUUGAUUUUCAUCCGAGUUGAUUUGGUCGAAUUAUUUCUCACAUUCCAAAGUGCCUCGUCAGUCACGAAUAGCUCUCAUUUUUAUUUACAGUGGAAUAGAUAGUUAUCGUAAAGGCGUAGAAAGAGUCAAAUCUGCAGAGAAUGUACAGACUUAUAUGUUUUAUUAUGGAUCACGAUGAUACCAUGGGUCAAAAAUGUCUCUUUCACUCAGUAGUUCUUAUCAUUUUCACAACAGACAAAGUGAAAGGAGUCCUGCUGUGUUUUCUUUUUAAAUCAUGACUUUUACUUCAGCGUCAAACACCAUCCUCUCACAACUCCUUACAGUCAACAUAAUAUGCUUUAAUGUGACAGCUCUUGACAAUCGCAGAGUGUUACCCUUUUUUCUUUGUCUUUUCCUUUAUGUACAAACAAGCUAACAUAAAAAAAUAACGACAAUACGGGGAAAUAAUGUGAUGAAAUGUGAAAUAAUCUGUACAGGAGGAUUAAUCCACAGUAUUUACUCAAGAUAUUUAUUUUUUGCACUUUCAUCUGAGUGGAUUAAAUGAAUGUAGUAUCUUUAAACGAUGAUAUUGUUAAACAGUUAUUUUUGAUGGACUAGUGUCAUGAAUUUUCUCAGUGUACAAUAUUCAUGUUUUCUUCUGUGUAAGUUAUUGUAAAUCUGAUUUAUGAUUUCAUUAAGUGAAGUGGACUCUUUUGGUCAAAGUGCCAUAAAUGUAGUGCCAUUACUGAUGACAGUCCAAGAGGUUUUGGCAUCAUGUCUCAUCACUGAUUUUGAAAGAAAGCUCAUAAACAUGUACAGGAAAUUGCAGUCCGAAGCUGCAGAGGAUAUUACAAGCGAGAAAACACAAAUAAAACCUCUAAAAAGAAGGCUACUGAGGAUCUGCUUAGCUGCUUUUGGACUUUAAAAAAAAAAAGGGUAUGACUGUGAGACAAGAAACCUGCAAGGGGGACUAGAGCCAGAGCUAAAAGGUGAUUUCAUUUCCUUUUUAAAAAAAACUAAGACGGGUUCAGGAAGUGGACCAACCGCGACAGAUAAAACACAAAGUGUGUACGAGGGUGUGAUUAAAAAAACCACUCUGCUGCUGCUUACGUGUUCUAUCACCAGCCGUCACUCUGAGUCUGAAUCAGCUCAGAUGGAAACGACCAUGUCUCAAAGCUGUUACUGUGUGAAAAGAAGAGUUUUUAUGAAAACUCCUCACUAGACUGUGUCUCUGCUGUAUAUUCGUCUACCACAAGGUGGCAGUCAAGUGUUAAAAUGUUACUUGAGUGGUUUGUUGGAAAAAAAAAAAAGGGAAGGUUUGACUGGCAUUGGUUUACUUAUAUUGAGUCUUGUGUUUUGGAUUAAGUAGAGGAAGGGUGAGGUUCAUUCUUAUCAAUGCUCACAUUUUCUUAUUGUGCUUUUACAUAAAUCAUUACAAAGUCGACAAAUUACAUGAGGACUGAAGUGCAACUCUGGAACGACUCAUUAUUGUUGCAAACAAGAAAAACAUUUUAUUCUGGUUCACUUUUUGAAAACAUGAACAGUUUAAUUUUAAAUAUUAGCAUAAAUUGGAGUUGCAACUUUUGGCUUAAUUUCAGUCCAACCUGACCACACCUGUCUUAACAAAACUCUUAGAGAGUUUUUAACAGAGUUCAUUAUUAGCUUUAUAAUUACGCACCAUUUUUUCUUUUUCUUUUUAUGUGUCCAAAAAAAAAAAAAAAAGCAAUUGAUGUGUUUCUUACAGCGGUGGUCUGACAUUUUGGAGCUGUGUUAGUUCACUUUUUCUGCUGAGCGUUAGAUGAGUAGGAGGCUAGGAGGCUAGCAUGAUUAGCUAAGUAAAGCACAAAGACUCACACAGGUUGCUAGGUAACACUUCUAGAGGAACGUCUACUGACUAGCUUCCCCCCGUUAGCAUUUUGUCAUCCGUCUUCUCUUCUAACUCUUGGCAAGAAAGCAAACCCACCAAACAUCGGACGACGAAGAGACGUACAGAUCAAGUCAGAAUUGGGUCAGUCCGUCAAAAACCACAUCUAGACGUCCGUGUGACGUGCGAAAUAGGUUAGAAAUUUCGACGUCCAAAUUGGACCUUUUUUAGACGUCGCUCUGAUGUUCAGAAUCUGGACGUCGGCACAACCAGAGCAGUGGAUUAAACAGAGUGGCGACACUCCCAUAGGCAUACGCUGUACAGCCCGGCGGACCCCACUUCCGGAUUAUGGAACUCUUAAUAGUUCCAACAUGACUUCCUGUCACGUCGGACGCCGUUCGCUUCUAUGGCCACAAGGCAAGCACUCACCGAGGUUAAAUGAUAAAAUAUCAACAAGUUUAAUGCCAUUACAUAUGUUAUUGAUAUCGAGGGGACCCCUUUAUAUGUAAAAAUUUAUAUCCCAAAUGUAAUUACGUUUUUUUAGUCAGGAAUUGGGAUCGAUUUUUUUUGCCACGGCCUGCUAGUUGGACGUCGUCAGCUGUAGAGGCCUGUUUAAUCCACUGCUCUGGGCACGAUGUGCAAAAGGGAUCCAAGAUAUAGACGUAAUUAUUGGACCUCUUUUAGACGUUGACAUGACGUCCACAUUUGUACAUCAUCGUCGAAAAAAUACGUUAAAUAGAUGUCAUUUCGACGUCGCAUUGCGCAGUGGGAAUUUGUCAGAAACUCUCCAAAAUGUCAAACUUUCCCUUUAAAUCGAGCUAUCUUUGGUGUGGCAGACCUCUGUGUUAAAAUGCCUUUCUUUGGCCGUUUUUUCGUGUCCAGCCACUUUUAUUAAGUGUUGAGCGUGUGUGUGUGUGUGUGUGAACUGUAUCGACUGCAAAUGAAUUUUUGAAUGUACUGAUGUUGCUCAGCUGCUCUUAAAUGUCGCCUGCUAUCAAUUUGCCAUAGUGUACAAAUGAUGUCUUUUCUUGAUUAUAUAUACAGUACUCUGUAUGUAUAUUUUUGGCACACAGGUAGACCUCUUGACAAGAACCUGUACUGUUUGUGACUGUGUUUUUGUAUAUUUUUUUGUUUAUGUAGCCUUACUGUUUCUCGGAGCGUGUGUGAGAGUGUAUAAAAGUUUGAAAGAGCUAUUUCUGUAUGCAUGUGUAUGUAAUGACGAGCAUUCAUGAGGAUAUAAGUAAUUUAAAUGUCGAAAAAAUAUCUAUAAACCCUCAUUUACAUUAUGUUCUACCUGUGGAAGUGUACUAUGUGCAACAUGUUGUUCUGGUGUCAAAUAUCCAUGUCUCAAUGUGUAAAUUUGACUUCAAAAUAAAUCCAUCUGUGGUAUGUUGUUGUUGUAUUUUGUGUAUUGUGAUUUAUUUGAUUGGCUCGUCCUCUUAUAUGGAUAUGAAACUACUAAAAAACGGGUUCCCCACUUAUUCACGUCAAAACUGUUCCUUAAUAAACCACAUAUCUUUUAUUCCUGUGCUUUUCUUCCCUUACAAGAUCCACAAAAAUGGAAAUACAGUUAUUCAGUUUAAAAUAAUACAUAAACUUUUGUCUUCACAAAGACAGUGUAAGUACCUUAUGUUUCAUUGUAGUGCAUUAUUUGUGGUCUGUAGAGAUUCAGGAUAAAUAGGGACAGGUUUGUGAUGCACAGACUCGACAAGGCAAAGCUUUAAAGACACACACAUGAAUUUUAAGACACUGUAAUUGUUUAAAUGCUUUGUUUUAAGGCGAUUUUACCAUGAAAAACCCUGGCAUGUAUGAAUUUGUCACAACCAGCAGUGCAAAUAAUAUAUCAAAAACAUACAAUUAUUACAAAAAAAGAAGUUAAAAAAAGACAAAUACUGUGUCUCGUGGUUCAUCGAAGCGUAAGAUUCCUCAAAAUGAAGUAUUUAAUUCUGACACUGACUCAAUUAAACAUUUGAUCAGGUUUCUCUUUGACUUCCUGUCUGUAAAGGUCUCCAUAGCAGCAGAUGAAUUGUUGCACAGCAUCGAUUUCACAUCAAUCCGGCUGCACACAUUUUCACCCAACACCAAAAUAGUACGACUGUUUUUGUUCCAUGCAGAGCAAAGCAAUGAGCUGAGACGAGCGUAUUUAACAUAAUUUAGCCAAGGUCAAAGACCCAUUGUCUCCACAGCUGUCCACAUCUAAUCUCUCAACAUUUGCAACGUGUUGGUGGCCCAAACUGUGAAACACAACCAUGUAGAAUCAUCUUCAUGCAAGCUCGGGGACAGCUCUGUCUCUGUUGUGGUCAAAUCAAGCACCAGAGUCUCCGAACUUUUAAAACCACUCUUUUAUGCAGCUGCUAAAUCAGAGGGAUCGCACCGAUGGUUCAUAGCUGCUCCUGACACUAAAACAUAAUGCAUCGUGAUCAAAACAUUUCCUCACUCACUCCAAAGUGCGCAGUCUUCUCAGAGGUGUUAACAUCAGACUCCUCGACUUUUUGAGGAUUUCUUCUGAUAUUUUCACAAUAUUUCCUCUCAGAUGUUGUCUCCUGAAGUCAUACUGUAGAGAUGUUGCCACUAGAGGGAGGCCUCCUGAGCCCUCCGCGAGCUCGAAUCGUAAUCUGAGUGAUGCUUUGCUUGGCGGGGGUGAGAUGGUUUUGAUUGUGACACUUCCACAGCCAUCUGCGCAGCUCUGUUUGGACCUGCAAAUGAACACAUGUUUGAAGUACUCCCAGACAACAGAGUAAUUAACACAGAGAGAGACUUAAAGCCGAGCCGCAGAGAGUGAACUUCAAGUAUUUAUGGCUUUAUGGGCUGGUGGCAGUAAAGACACUGCAGGGGUCACCCAGGGGUCAGUUUGAUGGCAUGUUUUCAGAGUGGAGCUUUUAUGUUUCAGGGAUAAAUCAUUUAAAUAGUGGAAAUCACACAUUUUGUUUCUCUACUUUACAUCUGUUAUGCAACAAUUGUUUGUCAGCUAGCAGAUGGUUUUGUGUUGAUCAAUUUUCUUUGUUAUCUGGAGAAAUUUGGUGUUUAAGCAGCUGUAGUAGACCACAGCCAAAGUUUAGCAUCCAGUCACCUCUGAGUUAAAGGCUCCCAGAAAACUUUAACCUUUUUCCUAUACGUAUUUUCGUCCUUGCGGUAUUUUAUUAAAAUCCAACAGCUGAUGUAGAUGUUACUGUUUUAGGUUUCUUCCUGACUCCAACCUUUGAAGUAUUUCUAGGGUUAGGGUUUGUAGGACUUCAGUUUUAGAAAACUGUGAUCUCCACUGACUUACCUCUCCAUUCAUGAAGCAAUACAGCAGCGCCACCACAAAACCCUGCAACACACACACAAAUCAUUUUCAAUCUGGGCCUAUUACACUUUAUUCUAGUAAGCAAUCAAGUCAGUUCCCUUAUAACAAUAAACUUGGGGGUGAAAAGAGAGAUAUUCAGGUAGACUUAAAGGGAUAUUCCGGCAUAAAAUUUAUUUAGGAAGAGCAUUUAUGAUCAUUUCUUUAUCAUUUCCAUGAAGUAAUAAUCAUCAUAUUAAUCAUUUUGCACUGCAGACGUGGUAGUUCUUCUGCCUUAGCAUCUCGGUCUGAUUGCAUUUCCAUGAAGAAAUGAUCAUAAAUGUUCUUCCUUGAGCUGAGACACCCCGCUGUAGUCUGUAAUGGACUAACCCGAGGUCUCGCAACAAACAAGCGGCUGCUGGAAGAGAGUAGGUGAGUUGUGUUUAGUCUCUUUGCUAAAGAAAUUUGGCAAAGUUAAAAAGAUGUUUGGUGGCUAGUACUAUGGCUGGGACCCUAUAUGUACUGUUGAUGAAGUUAGGUGCUGUUCUGAACGUUAUUUGUGGCUAUAGAGUGGCGUUUUGGUUGAGGUUUGUGUGUGGCUCCUCAGACUGUUGUGUAUUGCUAUCAUGCGGUCGUUACUAAAGUUGGUAUAACUAGAGAAGUAAACGGUCAGCAAGAUUCAUCUCUCGAGGGGGUGUCUAACUCUGUGUUACAGUGAAUUUGACCCUCAAUUAAUUUUACGCCAGAAUAUCCCUUUAAAUAUCCCACAUUAAUUUCUCAAAUCAAUCACUGAUGCCACUCUCAAACUCUAUAGCUUGAUACCUGAAAGGACCCCAGCCCCAGCUCGAUGUAGAGUCUUGCUGCGACUCCAGUGGUUUCAGGAAGGAAGGCAAACACUGUGUAGUGCAUCCCAAACAGCGGGAUGAGGAAGAGGGUGGAUUUAGCCAGCCUCCUAAAGGAGUGAAAGAAAGACGAGAAACUAGACUUUAGUCCACAUAACGAUGAGGCACAACUUGGAAACCCUUUCUGUUCCCAUAACUUCAUGCUGUCGACAGUAAAAGCUGUUUCUAAUAUAAAAUUUCUAUGUUUUCAGUUUGACCCCUGGUCUUUGUAGUAUCCUAAAGGGAGCGUGAAGAGGACUUGUGCCGCAUAAUCCAGAGUGUUGAUCAGGAUUGAGCCACAGCCACACCAGCAGGUCAUUUUCCAUGAAGGUCACGGCUAGUAUCAGUUGAAUCCGAUAAACAGUUAAAAAUAAUCUGAGAAUUUUCAAACAGAUUAGAAAUACAGACAGCUCCUUUUUUUAAAUAUCUGAUGAGAUUAAUAUUUAUUUGCAUUUCAUAAAAACAACAAAAAUCAGCAGAUGCAUUAUUAAUGGUAUCUCCAGGUUGAAAUAUUCAUGUUAUCAGCGUCGGCCUAAUCAGUUUUUAAGUUUUAAAUGUCAAAUUGUGUCACAUUUUUGAAAACUUUAAUCAGGGUUCGCCCGGAUGUCACGUAGAUCAAAUCUCACAAACCGACCUUUAAGACAUCAUCGUCACCGGGCUAAUCAGUGGAUCAAACUGAAAUGUCAAAAUAUAACAAUGUGACGCAUUGUCCCCGAAGCGAAGUCUGAAUUAGAUCGGUGAUGUCUAAACACCGUGUGUACGUUUGUUAUCAUGGUGAUCACUAAAGUUAUACAUUCCAAAAAAACACAUCUAAGCUGAUCAUGUUCCUAAGGGUUAAUCUCUCAUGUUGUGAAGAUGUUACCUUAUCUGAACACAAAGCUAAUCCAUCACAGAUCAAUAAAGAGCGGCUAAUCCCAAUAUGGAUUACUUUGUUCUCUGAUGAUUCUAUCACUGAGCGGUUCAGUGAAGAUUUAAUACCUAUUAGGACAGAAAAAAGUCAUGAAAAACACUCUGAUCUGAUAUAACAUCACCACCUAAAAAAUCUCAGAUUAUUGUCAUCCUUUAAUAAGAUUUUAUUCGACUUUUGUCAUGGCUGGGAUCCAAGCUUUCAGGUGAACAUCACAGAUCUAUCUAUCCGUCUGAAUCGGAUUAAAGUUUGAUAGAGGAACAAAUGAAGCCUUUGAGAGAUCAACAGCCAUUGAACGGGUGGAACAAUCCUGUCACACUCCCGGAGAAGAGAAGAUUUCUAUUUCUGGUAUCCAGGUGCUAUUUUUAUGUGCCGCUCUCAUUUUAUAUUAAUUCAGCUGAACUGGAAUGUCUGAGCCAAAUGACGAUAGAAAGGAAGGAUUUAUUUCCCGAGUAGAAAUAUGAACGCAGCUUUUUCUUUCCUAAACUGUAAAGAGGAAAUUAAUUCUCCUUUCUCUCUUUAGAGUAAACUCAUUAAAGGAGCUGCCGUCACUGACACAUUAAUUCACAUUCAGCCGAUUUCACUACAUUUUUAACUGCUGACCAACACUUCUGUGAAUCUUUGAGUUUUUAUGAAUCUGUCUCACUCCAAAACUGUUUUCAUUAGAGAUCCAAACACGCACUUGAAGCGUGUUUUGAGCAUUUGUAUUCAUCAACUUGUCAGAUUAGUAGGUAGAAUGUUAAUGCCACUGUUUUCCCGAAGAGUACAGCUCACUUUUUACCCCGCUGUGACCGCGAUCAAUAGAUGAAGCGUGUAAUUCUUUCAAAGAGAAGCUGAUAUCAGUAUCUGACAAACCCUGCAGAAAGAAAAACCACUUCUGAAACAGGCCGGGUCAUGAUAUCUCCCUACAUGAUCUUCAAAUAAAAAUGAAAGCUGUAGUAAAAAUUAAUCGCACAGAUGUAGGACUUUGUUAGCUUCAAGCAGAGCUCUGAAGUCUCACCUUCAUCAGCUGAUCGGCAUCAGCUGUUUCCUUCAAAAACACAAUCAGCAGUUCAUUCAUCUCCUGUUUGGCUCCCUGCUGUGAAGUAACACUCACUCUUGCAGUCAGGAGUACCAGGAAGCUUUUACAGCCUGACAUCUUUCACAUGUUGCUCUGCCGAUUCUCUCUUAUAAGUAGUUUUCUGCUGCAGCUCGAUUGUGUUUUAGCUUUUGGUCCUGAUGUAUUCAACUAAAAUCUAAUGUCUGUUCUACCAAAGCUACACCUUUAUUAAUGCAAUCCUUUUAAAUCAAAUCAAAUCAAACUUUAUUUAUAUAGCACCUUUCAUGCUUUUAAGCUGCAACACAAGGUGCUUUACAAAAAGAUAAAAACAAACAACGGUAAAAAAACAAACAACGGUGAAUAUAAGGCAAUUAAAUAGGCAUAAAACCCGUCCC